AUGCCGGCCGGGUUUCAGCAACUUGGAGGGGAGACAGUGACUGGAACCUUCGUUCUCUCGGUCUUCACGGCUGUCCUGGGAUCUCUGGGCUUUGGAUACAACAUUGGCGUCAUCAAUGCACCGCAGAAGAUCAUCGAGCAGGAGUACAAUUCAACAUGGAUCCAGCGGUAUGGAGAGCCCAUCCCAGCGGGGACCCUCACCACCCUCUGGUCCUUGUCCGUGGCCAUCUUCUCCAUCGGUGGCAUGCUGUCCUCCUUCUGUGUGGGCUUCGUCUCCGAGUGGCUGGGCAGGAGGAAAGGAAUGCUCAUAAACAACAUGUUUGCCUUCGUUGGUGGAAGUCUGAUGGGGUUGUCCAAGCUCUGCGGCUCCUUUGAAAUGUUGAUCCUCGGCCGCUUUGUAAUCGGUCUCUACUGCGGGUUGGCAUCAGGCUUGACUCCGAUGUAUGUGGGUGAGAUAGCUCCUACAAGUCUGCGAGGGGCAUUGGGGACACUGCACCAACUGGCUAUAGUCACUGGUAUCCUCAUAGCACAGAUCCUCGGUCUGGAGUCCUUACUGGGUGUUGAACAUUUGUGGCCAAUUCUGUUGGGUUUAGCAAUCGUUCCAGCUGUUUUUCAGAUGGCACUUCUGCCUUUCUGCCCCGAGAGCCCCCGCUUCCUCUACAUCGUCCGCUGCCAGGAGCACCAAGCUAAGAGAGGCCUGAGGAGGUUAACGGGGAGACAGGAAGUGGGCAGUAUGUUGGCGGAGAUGAAGGAAGAGAAGAGGAAGAUGGACAUGGAGAGGAAGGUGUCCAUCCUGGAGCUCUUUCGCUCUAAGCUCUACCGGCAGCCCAUCAUGAUCUCCAUCAUGCUGCAGCUCUCCCAGCAGCUGUCUGGGGUCAAUGCAAUUUUUUACUACUCCACCAGUAUCUUCAUGAAGGCAGGAGUCCAGAGUCCAGUCUAUGCCACCAUAGGAGCAGGCGUGGUGAACUGUGCCUUCACUGUGGUCUCGCUCUUCCUGAUAGAGAGGAUGGGUCGGCGGACGCUCCACAUGCUGGGACUUGGCGGGAUGGCCAUCUGUGCCGUCAUCAUGACCAUGGCUCUUGCUCUGUUGGAGCAUGUUCCAUGGAUGAGUUACAUCAGCAUGCUGGCCAUCUUCGGUUUUGUGGCCUUCUUUGAGAUCGGUCCGGGUCCCAUUCCUUGGUUCUUUGUAGCUGAGCUCUUCUCUCAGGGUCCAAGGCCGGCCGCCAUGGCUGUAGCCGGCUUCUCCAACUGGACCGCUAACUUCAUCAUCGGCAUGUGCUUCCAAUCUGUUGCUGACGCUACUGGGCCAUAUGUCUUCCUGAUCUUCGCAUCACUCCUCAUCGUCUUCCUAAUCUUCACAUUCUUCCUUGUGCCAGAGACACGGGGCAAAACAUUCGACCAGAUUGCAGCAAACUUCCAACAGCGCUCUGCAGGAAUGAUGGAUAUGGACCUGGAUCUGGACCUGGAUCUGGACAAGCCCAGCACCGAGCUGGACUAUUUGGGGGAGGAAAGCAACCACUGAGGGGUCUCUCUGUAGGGAAAUUAGACUGUGUUUAGCUUGGGAUGAACUGUGUAUGUGGGCCUGACUCUAAAACUUUAUUUUCUGACAUGUAUAUUGAGGUUAAUUGAUGUAUUCAUAUAGAUUGUUGUGCCAAAGCAGUGUUAAAGGUGUGUGAUAAGUGUCCUUUCCUGGUACUACUGCAAUAUUGGGUUACCAAUUGAGCCUUGACAAAGAGGAGACUACUGUAGUUUAAAGAAUUAAGAUGUACUUCAAAGCUAAGUGUCUCCAUUGUUGAGGCAUAGCCUGUGCGUGUGGUGGGAUGUUAUUCCAUGGUGAUGCACUCUGUGGCAAUAUUGACAGAAGACGGAGGUGGAGAGACUUGGGAUUCCUGCACUUUAUGUACAGAGACAUCUAUAGUUAUUCAGAGUUUGGAGGUAACCCCCCACCUUCAAGAAUAAGAUCAAAGUAAUGUGCUUACAUACUUUGUACUCAAGCUGGGAACACUCCUGUGUAAAUGCUACCGAUUCAAACACAUUGACAGCAUUCAGAUUGUUAUAAUUUAGGGUUCGUCCGAAAGUUGUUCAAAUGUAAAUUUGAAGGGACGUCAUGACAUUUGGGUUUUGUGAGUGUUUGCUGUCCCAGAACUUAAAAUAAGGCAACCCAAGCAUUUCUUAUGUGGGCUGCCUGAAAGACUUCAUUGCCAAACUGCAAUUUCAAAUCAUGAAGUGUCGACCCAGCUAAAGCAAUCACAACAUAUAUUUCUGAUCAUGAGAAACGUAUUGCACAACCUGCAGAAAUGCUACCGUUAAAGAAAUUAUAUUUUAGUACUCCAUGUGUACAUAGUGUUUUAUUUGGUUGUUGAUAUCAAGGUAUGAGGGUCUAAAUGUUUCAAUUCUUUAUGCACUCCAGUGGUUGUUUGGUCGUGUAAACAGAAGCCUGAUGCACUAGACUAGAGAGUUGUGCAACCAAAGGGCUGCCUGUAUAGAGUAGAUUAUUAUUCUGUAUUUUUCUGUCAUGUGUGCCAUUUAUUCUUUAUUGGUGUGUAUCAUUACCUUCUGAAGAUUUCUAUUGAGGUUGUUCAGUGAGGACCUGUUAUUUGUAUUAUGAAUUGUGAUGCUGCUGUCAAUAGGAUACUGUAAAUAAGGUUACUGAAAACACCUG